UUUUGGAGUUACACCAUUACAGUCUCGGCAUUCGUUUUAUUCUUUCAUUUUCCGUUAUGGAGAGCGCACAUAACAGCCGUGGACGCGGUGGUCACUGGAAAAGAGGAGGCGGCGGUGAUGCUGGAGAGCACAGGGGACGCGGAAGAGGAGGACACCAGCAUCGGGGAAGAGGAAAACGGGAUCACCGUAGAGGAAGAGGACGAGAACAUGGUCCUCCUGCAGACUUCAGAGUCUUUCGACGAAAUCAAGAUGAGCAUGAUGACAAGGAAAACGUUGAGGACAUGGAGGACGACAACACCUUCAAUAGACGAAAGCUUGAGUCCAACUGGGACCGUUACGAGGAAUCGGAAAAAGAAGAAAUGAACGAAGAUGUUCCUGCACAGAGAGGCACAGACUAUCACGUCCUCCUCACAUCAGCUGGUGACUCUUUCACACAGUUCAGGUUCUCUGAUGAGAAGGACUGGGAGUUGGACUCACUGGCAAAAAAUCAGAUUCCUGCUCUGUUUAUAGACCUGCCGGCUUUAAGUGAGUCUCUUCAAGAGCUUCCUCUGCACACAAGACUCAACCUGGAGGCUGAGCUCAUUCAGGCGUCGACUCCUGUUGAUCUGCCGCCGGUGACGGUGUCUCACAGAACAGACCUGACUGAGACAGCAGGACUAAAAGCUCCACCAGCAGUCAGAGAGUCCAGCCUGGGUGUUUUCUCCGGUGUAAAGCCUGUUUCAGGCAGCACAGUGUCUGUCAGCAUCUCUUCAACCAUUCCUCCUGAUGAAGAUGAAGCUGAAGACCAGGAGCUCCACCUUCUCCUCAACCUGCAGAAACCGGUCACUGAACUUCCCUCAGGUCAAUCCCACACUACAGAAAAUGAUGUGCUCAACAACACAGUGCAAGGUAUGAACAGUGAACGGAUUACAUUAACGCACACAUGCAACAUGCAGCUUUUUUUUUCAACUGCAUGUACAAUCAGCUUGUCAGAAGUGAGAAAAGCAGCAGGUGACAUGAAAGACACAAAGCCAGAAGUAGAGAGAGCAACCUAAACCACAGAAACAGGAAGUGACAGAGGAGGAUCUUGAGGACUGGCUGGACAGCAUGAUCUCCUGACCCGACUGACACUUCUCCACAACAUUUCAUUAAAGGAAUAGUUCGCCGCAAACAUGAAAAUGUACUCAUUCUCAAGUGUUUCAAAUCCUUCGCCUGACGAACACAAGAAGAUAUUUUGAAGAAAGCUGGAAACCUUCCAGAGUAAGAAAAACAAAUAUUAUGAAAGUCAAUAGUUACAGAUUUCAAAAGAUCUUCUUUUGUGUUCAACAGUACAAAGAAUCUCAAGCAGGUUUGUGAAUUCUCCCUUCUAAUAGCUAAUUCACUCAUGAGAAACCUCCUUCAUCAAUCUAUCGUCUCUGCAUUCAGAUGAAACACAGCAGGGAUUUAUUGCAUGAGCUACUUUAUUUUCGUUCCACCUGCUCAAAACAAAUGCAAAUCACCAAAGCUACUACAUACAUACAAAUGGCCAUACAGUAGCAGUUUACAGGAUUGACUUAUUCUCAAUAAACUUGUUCGUUUUCAUCGUCAAA